GGGGUUUUUUCUUGUGAUGUCAUGUUCAAUCCAUUUCAACCCCCCCACAAGGGACAAAUAAAGGUGACGACGUAGGGUAAGGAGUGCUCUGUAUUUUCUUGUACUCUUCAUCUUUCUUUUCUGGAAUCUCACAGACAGGGAAAACUUGACCAUCUGAACGAAAACAUUUCUCUCGUUAUUUUCCUUACUCUGUAAUCACGGACAACGACGCAAGAUCACCUUGAAUCAGUCAUUGUUUACAAUGUCUGGAACGUCAAGUGUCGGCAAUUCCAACGUCUACGAGGCGGGUGAUCAACGUGUACCGCCAGACGGUGAAAAGCCAGAGUUUCAGUCAAACCCGUACGAAGAAGGUCAAAAGAACAGUCACCAGUCGAAUGAUUCUAAGGACCAAAGGUCGAUCGGAAACCGUCUGGCCGCCGCCGGACCACAGAAUGAUGAUUCUUCUCGACACACCCUGAGUGCCGAAGACAAGGCCGGUCAGAUCGACCCGACCUUACCGGCCCGGAUGCACGGCAACGAACCUUCCAGGGGGGCCAAGAUCGACAAGGAGAUCGAGGACGAAGAGGCCGCGAUCCUGGCCAAAAAGGACGCGGCCAAGGGAGGGUCGGGCAAAGGUGGUACGGGUGACGCCGCGGGAAAGAAGAAUUGAAAGGAAUCACCAAAAAAAAGAAGACUGUAAAAACACCAACACGGAGUGAAAAAAAAAGAAUGAAGAAUUGAAAAAAAGAAGUCCUGAUCGUCUCACUCAAUUUGCCUCGGCCCUCUUCAGCGGAGAACCCUUUUCGUGCCUCGUCUGUGAUUUUCGCAAUGACUUUUGGCAUCGGGGUUGAAAAUGACAUCGAUAUUGUCACAUGUCGAGGGGAGACGAGAUGAUGUGUGCAUGGGGAUACUCCACACGAGUAAAGGGCGUUUUCUUCAGACGGUUUCGAUGGGAACGAGACGGAACCAAAUCGGACAUCUUCGCAGGUGGAAGCAUAGUCUCGGCAGAACUUGUGGAAAAAACUCAAGAAUAUCUAUCGAGGAGACAGAACAGGGACCUCUAUGGCCAUUAGUAUUCUUUGAUUUUCUAUCUCCGUGGUCCAAGUCUCUCUCUUGUGUCUGUGUGUGUGAUUUGUUCUUUUUUGACUGUUUUGUGAUUCUUCAUCGUGAUUCUCAUUAUUCAUACAUUAUCGACUCCCCGAAAU